CUAAAUUAGAGAUUCAACAUAUAAAUAUUUGGUAUUUAGCCCAUACUGCUCAACACAGAAUAUUCGUUUCAGACGAAUAAUAGAAAUAAAAUUACUCACAUUUUUAAUUGACGUAUUUUAAAUAAUACAGCUUAGUAAUGUAUCUCUUUUAAUGUGUUACACAUUAAGUAAACUUAAACAAUUCUUAAAUUUAUAAUAUUAUAUUUAAAAAAUUGCCAGAAAUUAAAUUUUUAUCUACAUAAUAUCCUAUUAAUUAAUUUUAUGAAUAAAUAUAAAUUGAUCAAUUAUUUGAUUACAAAAAAAAAUAUCAUUUAAUAUUAAUAAGAAUGUGCACCCGAUGCUUGUAAAAGUAGAAAUAUUUUCUUAGAAUACUACAUUUGGAAUUUAAACUUGGAAAACUUUCGUCCCCCCUCCCCCGAGAAGAGUUUAUUGGAUUAACAAAUCAAUAAUGAUGAUAAACAAAUUUGUGAAAGGUCUGAUUAAACGAUAAAUUAUUUUGAGAAGGGUCUGUUUACAUGAAAAGAUAGUUUGUGAAGAGUCUACUAAAGGACCCAAAUUUCUUCUAAACUUUCUUCUAUUGAAGAAUGCAUUCAUUCAUAGUGUAUUAAAUAUAAAGGAAUUUCCUACAUAAAGAGGUUCAUUGUUUCUGCAUUUUUUGUGUAAAAAAAAAGUGAAAUAAUUUAAUUUAGUUUUGUAUGUAUGUAUGGUAAUAUAGAAAUAUUAUUAAAGCUUAUGAGAAAAAAAUUUUGCAUCUCAAUAUAAUUUAAAUUGAUCCUUUCACAGUUGCUCCUAUUAAUAAAUAAUAUUCUUGUUAUAAAGUGAUCAUACUUCUGCAGUAUUUCAUUUCGCUUAUUUAAAAAUUUUUGAUACAACAUGAUUAUUUUGAAUCAUGUGUUAUUGAAGUCCUCUUUAUGCUAUUAAAUGCCUUUUGUAGUGAAAAUUAUUUUGAAUUAUUGCCUUCAUUUUAAUUAAUGACUAAUUAUUUUUCCAUUAUCUAGUAAUAGCUAUUUGUUUCAAAUAAAACCAAAAAUUUUAUUUUUAAUAGAAAAUCUAUAUUUUUUCUUAUAUUUAUGCAUUUCUAUUUUAAUGUCAUUGCAAAGUGAUUAUAUGUCUUCAUUUCUUGCAGCAUAUUCAUGAUUGUUAUUCUAGAGAUCUUACUCAACUACACACAAUUUAUCUACACUUAUUAAAUUUUUUCUCAGAAAAGUAAAUAUAUACUGUAAAAGUGUUUUUUAUCCUGUGAGAUGUGCACAGGAUGUAAUUCUUGUUUAAUGUUAUUCUUGUAAUAUAUAUAACUAGAUUUUUUCAAAAAGAAGUAGUCUCACUAAACAUUGUGAAUUUCUUACUUGUGAGAAAUCCUAUUCUUGUAGCGUAAAAAGAGUACAAUAAGAGUUUUUCACAGAGAGAUCUCACUAAGCCCAAUCGUGAUAAUAUGGGUGAGAAACCUUAUUCUUGCAGUAUAUGUAAUAAGAGUUUUUCACGUAGAAGUCUACUGACUGAACAUUAUCGUGUUCAUACAGGUGAAAAGCCUUAUUCUUGUAGUAUAUGUUAUAAGAGAUUUUCAUUAAAAGGUCAUUUGACUCAACAUACUCUUAUUCAUACUGGUGAGAAACCUUAUUCUUGUAGUACAUGUAAUAAGAGUUUUAGACAAAGAGGUCAACUGACUGUACACAGUCGUAUUCAUACUGGUGAGAAACCUUAUUCUUGUAGUGUAUGCGAUAAGAGUUUUACACAAAGAAGUCUAUUGACUGAACACAGUCGUGUUCAUACUGGUGAGAAACCUUAUUCUUGUAGUACAUGUAAUAAGAGAUUUUCAACAAGAUCUAAUUUGACUCUACAUAGUCGUAUUCAUAGUGGUGAGAAACCUUAUUCUUGUAGUGUAUGCGAUAAGAGUUUUACACAAAGAAGUCGAUUGACUGAACACAGUCGUGUUCAUACUGGUGAGAAGCCUUAUUCUUGUAGUAUAUGUGAUAAAAGAUGUUCAACUAGUUCUAAUUUGACUCAGCAUAGUCGUGUUCAUACAGGUGAGAAGCCUUAUUCUUGUAGUAUAUGCAAUAAGAGAUUUUUAACUCGAUCUUAUUUGACUGAACAUAGUCGUGUUCAUACUGGUGAGAAGCCUUAUUCUUGUAGUACAUGUAAUAAGAAAUUUUCAACAAGAUCUAGUUUGACUCUACAUAGUCGCAUUCAUACUAGUGAGAAGCCUUAUUCUUGUAGUACAUGUAAUAAGAGAUUUUCAACAAGAUCUAGUUUGACUCUACAUAGUCGCAUUCAUACUAGUGAGAAGCCUUAUUCUUGUAGUGUAUGUAAUAAGCGAUUUUCAGAUAGAAGUUAUUUGACUCGACAUAGUCGUCUUCAUACUGGUGAGAAACCUUAUUCUUGUAGUGUAUGUAAUCAGCGAUUUUCAGAUAGAGGUCAUUUAACUCGACACCGUCGUCUGCAUACUGAUAAGUAACCAGUAUGAAACUGGUGCAUUCAUUUUUGCAGCAUAAGUAAAAAGUGACUGAUUGAACAUUUCUCAAUGAGGAAACACUUUUUUUUUGCUUCCAUUACAAGUAAAAAAUUUCACAGAAGUGUCAUUGGACUUAACACAUUUGAAUGAAGCUGAAAUUUUUUUCUUCUUAAAAUAUUUUAUAAUGCAGUUUUCAUUGUAUUUUUCUGUUUUUACUCUUAUUUAAUGUCUGUAAAAUAAGCUCCAGUAUUGAAAAGGUGUGGAUUAAAAUUAAAAUGCAUUGUUGUAAACACAUCUUAGUAGAAGUUGUAACCUUGGUCACUGGUUAUAGAUUGUUUUUUAUUCUCUUAGCAUGAGAAUCCUGAGUUGUAGAUAAUAUUUUUUAAUAUUAAUAAAAAAAAUUAAAUAGCAACCUUUAAUUAAAAUUGCAUGUAACAUCUUUUAUUUAAUGAAUGUUUUGAAGUAAAUUUGGUUUAACUGCAAGUAUGAAAGAUAUAGAUAAAGUAAUAUUUGCUUCAUAAAAUCAAUAUCUUGUUCUUAAAUCUAAAUUUAUAUAAGUUUUCAUCAUUUUAUAAAUCUUAUAUUUAUGUUAUAGAAAUAUUAGUUUUUUUAAAAUGAUUACUAUUGAAAUAAAUUUUAUUAAUCGCAUUUGAAGGUCUAUUAUAUUGUAUAAUUGUCUAAUCGUCUAUUGUAUAAUUUAUGAAGCAAUUGUAUAUUUUAUGAACAAAUUAUUGUAUUUUUUUUAUUCUGUAUAUGGUAUAUGUUAUUCUGUAUAUUGUAUUAUUCUGUUUAUGGUUACAAGAAAAUGCACGUCAUUUAAUAUUAGACUUUGUAUUAUAACAUAAUGAUCAAAAAGUAAGAAAUAAACUUUCGAAAAUAUUUCAUGA